GGAUGGACACAUAGGAUAACAUGCUGGGGAUGGACACAUAGGAUAACAUGCCGGGGAUGGACACAUAGGAUAACAUGCCGGGGAUGGACACAUAGGAUAACAUGCCGGGGAUGGACACAUAGGAGAACAUGCCGGGGAUGGACACAUAGGAUAACAUGCUGGGGAUGGACACAUAGGAUAACAUGCUGGGGAUGGACACAUAGGAUAACAUGCUGGGGAUGGACACAUAGGAUAACAUGCCGGGGAUGGACACAUAGGAUAACAUGCGGGGAUGGACACAUAGGAUAACAUGCCGGGGAUGGACACAUAGGAUAACAUGCCGGGGAUG